GCUUAAACACACAAGAUGGCAGCCGGCGUCCCUAUUCUCCGCCCACUUAGGGCGGGGGCGGCGGCGGCUUCGUCAUGUGACUCUUUCCGCUUUAUCUCCGCCCCUGGUCGCGGUGCCUGCCGGGAGGUAGAGCGCCGAACGGGAGCGUCGGCCAUUUUGUGCCUGUUUCCUGUGGGACGCGGCGGUGGCAGUUGGUUCGGAAGAGUGAGCGAUUUGCCCCCUCGGUCCUGUUGGUUUUUCGUCUCUCAUUUCUCUGGUCAGCAGAGCGUAACCAUGGGUCGUAAGAAGAAGAAGCAGCUGAAGCCGUGGUGCUGGUAUUGUAACAGAGAUUUUGAUGAUGAGAAGAUCCUUAUACAGCACCAAAAAGCAAAACAUUUUAAAUGUCACAUAUGUCAUAAGAAAUUAUACACAGGACCUGGCUUAGCUAUUCAUUGCAUGCAGGUGCAUAAAGAGACAAUAGAUGCUGUACCAAAUGCAAUACCUGGGAGAACAGACAUAGAGUUGGAAAUAUAUGGUAUGGAAGGUAUUCCAGAAAAAGACAUGGAUGAAAGAAGACGACUUCUUGAACAGAAAACACAAGCAGAGAGUCAAAAAAAGAAGCAACAAGAUGAUUCUGAUGAGUAUGAUGAUGAUGACUCUGCAGCUUCAACUUCAUUUCAACCACAGCCUGUUCAACCUCAGCAAGGGUAUAUCCCUCCAAUGGCACAACCAGGACUACCCCCAGUUCCAGGGGCACCAGGAAUGCCUCCAGGUAUACCUCCAUUAAUGCCAGGUGUUCCUCCUUUGAUGCCAGGAAUGCCACCAGUUAUGCCAGGAAUGCCACCUGGAUUGCAUCAUCAGAGAAAAUACACCCAGUCAUUUUGCGGUGAAAACAUGUAAGCAUCUCAUUCAUAAUGUAAUUCAG